AUUGACAUUGACAUUUAAUUUCACAUAGAUGGGUUGAUAGCACGUCCUGUCGUUCGAUUUAUCGAAUGAUGAGAGAUCCACGACAAUUUUACAAGUAAAUACCCAUUUAAACUGUAAAUAUUAAUGUAUAACGAUGUCCGACGUCAAUAUGGAAAAGUUCGCAGUGCCAGACUUCCACCCCGACCGCUAUGUAAAGGAGCUAGCGAGAUCUUGCGUCGGGGGGGAGGAGCUUCAGCAGCAAAAGGAGAAAAUUCAAACUUUAGCCGAAGAAACCGCAUGUGCUUUGAAAAAGAAUGUUUACGAAAAUUAUAUGCAGUUCAUCGAGACUGCUACCGAAAUAUCCCACCUUGAGGCUGAGAUGUACAAGUUGUCUCACCUAUUGAGUGAACAACGUACGGUGCUUACUACACUAUCCCACGCGUCAAUUCUCGGUAAUGAAAAUGCUUUAUCCCGCGAAUCACUGGACAAUCACGACGUAGAAGCUGAAAGAGCAGAGGAGCAGAGGAAAAUUAAGUUAAAUGCAAUCACAGACAAGGUUGAAGGGUGUAUGAACCUUGUGGACGCCCAAGAUAGAACUCUUCUGCACGAGGGCGAUUUGCUAGAAAUUGAUGCUGAUGAAAACACUGCCAUCCAGAGAAUGCAUGUAUAUUUGUUCAAUGAUUGCCUUAUGUUAACCUCUUGGAUAUCAAAUAGAAGGGGCGGUAUGCGAUACAAGUUUCAGUGCAGUUAUCCUAUCAGUACCUUAGCAGCAGUCAAUGUGAGAGAUUUGGGCAAUGUCAAGCAAGCUUUUAAAGUGCUUGCCUUUCCAGAUACCAGAGUUUUUCAAUGCAAUAGUCUGGCAAUUAAAAAAGAUUGGCUAGACAAAUUUGAGUUGGCUAAAAAGAUGCAUAUUGAAAAAGAAAAUUCUAAACAAAAGAAGAAAGAGGCACAAGAGAGACCCAAGUUGGCAUCAAUUGAUUCUCCUAGUCUGUCGGUAGAGGAACUGCCUUCUCCGCAGAUUACUCCUUUGCCUGAAUGGUUGUUAGAUGUAACUGAAGAAUUGGAUGUCUUGAUUGUUGAAAGACAUUUUAAAAAAACAUAUGAUUUGAUGAUGUCAGCUCAGAAAACAUUGAACACCCAGGAGUUUAAAAACCACCCACAAAGAACAGACUUGAUAAAGAGAAUAGAGCAAAAACAAAAAGCUUUGAUAGAUAUAUUGUUGAAAGAACUUGAUGUUACCCACAAUUGGAGUCCUAGAGGAGGUCUCAGGUCUUCCCGCCACCCUGUUAUCAUACUCAAUAAGUUUAACAUGACCAGUCAGGCUUGUGAAUUAUUUUUAGCAAUAUGUAGUCACACAGUCAAGGUUCACGUGAAGGGAGUCCAAUUAGAAGGAUCAAUAAAUAGCUAUGUGAACCAAGUAGGAGAAGUCUUCUUUUGUUCACUCAGUGACGCCUUAACAGAGUUCACUACUCUGUUUCCUAAGAAUAAAAUAAGUGCUUUCAUAGUCUGGGCUAGCUUGCAACUUAGAAUUUUAAUGAGCCAAAUAAUAAAGCAAGUAUUUACUCCACAAUGUGCUUUAGACUCUGUGCUAGAAUGUGUCUCCAGUUUACGAGAACAGUGCACCUUAUUCUGUGAGUUUGGUCUUGAUUUGAGAUUUCAGAUGGACAGCUGUCUGAGAUCACCAAUCAACAAGGCUUUGAAGGAAUAUAAAGAGAAAAUUCUUGAUUCAAUGAAGACUAAAGUUUCCGAGGAUAAAUGGACUCCAGUGAACAUGCACACGAAGGGAGCAGUAAACAAAUUCCUGAUGCAAAUGGAAAACUUGGGCCUUAUAUUAGCUAAGUUUAUAAUAAAUGAAACAUGGGUUGACCUUUCUAGUAGUACAAUCUGGUUCGCUCAGUCAGUAAUCACGGUGCAGAAAAUUGGACUGAAACUUGUUACAAAAGACAUGAUGGACGUAUUGGACGAAUGUAUACAUGCUAUAUUCAAGUCUCGCCUUAUGCUCUCUGUAGGUAAUGAUUUUAGUUAUGCCCAGAAGAAUUUUAAGUUUAUUUUGGACACAGUGAUGACACUAAUGCUUAGGUGUUACAAAGAAGAGGUUGGCUAUGAAAAUGAGAAACUUACAGAACUAGCAAAGCAGUUCGGCCUCAAGGUGGCACCUCCAAAGAAAUCAAACAUCACGAAAUACACCAGCAAUGAGUAUUUAUGAGACUAGUUGAACAUUACAUGUUAUGUUGUGUAUGACAUUAUGUUUACUAAGUGCGCUGAAGCUUUAAAACUGUAAUAUAUAGGUAGUAAGCAUGCAGGAGUUUUGUAAUUUUAUUUAAAACUGAUGAUAAAAUCAAAAUUUAUAUAUAUGCAAGUUAUCAAUAUGAAAUUUUAAUGAACCAAAUGGUUUGCUGUCUAAUUUAUUUCUGGAAUGUAAAGAAAUAAAAUAUUUUGGACAGAUUA